AUGGGGGUGCCGGCACCAAAGCGCGGUAAGCUGGAACCUCAGAGCCGACCCGCCAUCUUCAUCGGUUACUGCGAAGACCGCGAGGCUUUCAGGUUCUAUGAUCCCAAGGACCACCUUUUCUUCUUCAGAAAUGAUGUGAAGUUUCAAGAGGAUCGGUAUGGAUCGCAGUUUUUUCCCCUCACAAGUGGUGAAUCAUCUCCCGCACAUAUUCCAUAUCUAACGGUGAACGGAACACGGGUGCCACCAACUGCCGCUGGAUGGAACGAGUCACUUAGCAGCCAUCAACAUCAGAUUGGUGAUAACACGCUGGAGGAGGAUGAUUCCGUCUCCACCUCAGAAUCAUCAGCAGAGCUCACAGUCAAUCUGUCAGUUGUUGAACUGCGCAGGUCCACACGUGUAACAAAGAACGACUUCAAGUUGACCCGUUCAAGAAGAGCUACUGCAACAUCGCCGAGGAGCAGCUCCAAGAGCCUCAAAGCUAAGCUGAAGCGCUCACCUCCCCACAACGGAAAGAAUAGGAAAGUGUCAUUGAACACGAACUUACUUCGCUGCAUCAAAUGGGUACAUGGGCUCUCGUACCCCAAGAACCCGAUGUGA